AUGGAAGCCGGAAACAAGCAACAACAAGAAGGAGAGCAAACCAAUCAUGUCCAACAACGAGAAGAUGAGGAAAUGGUAAAUAUUGAAAAUGAUGAUGAUGAAGAAGAGGAGGAGGACAACGACGGUCAUACCGGAAUGGAUGAUGAUGCUGCUGCUCAGCAACACGCUCAUCAUCUCUACCAAAUGCAACUGCAAGGAGCAGCAGGCUAUAUUCAUCAUCAUGGUACCGAUAUGAGUGCUGCCACAGAUCCUUCUAUGGUUUCUGCUGGCUCUGCUUUUGUUCAUCCUGCCUACGCCCAGGGCAUGGAAGCCUUCUAUGCUGGUAUUCCGACAUCAGCAGACUAUGCCAUGCAACAGCAAUAUUACCUUCAACAAAGCAUGCAAAUGCAACGUUUUAUUGCAACUCUUCCUCCAGUUCAACAACAACAAUAUUUGGCUCAAAUGCAAGCAUCCCGAAAUCCACAAUUCAUGAAAUAUGCUGCCGCUUUAUCUGCUCAACAAAAGUACGGUGCUGGUAGCUCCUCCUCUGUUCCUACGAGUAGUAGUAGUAGUAGUGGUAAUGGUAGUAGCCACCAAUAUGCCAAUGGUAGUAGCGACCCUACUGGUGGUGGUGGUAGUGCGACUCCAACAUCACCCCCUUCAUCUCCAACAACAGCAGAAAACGGUUCCAAGAAGAAGAGAGGAAAAAAGAACAGCUCUUCGGCCACUGGAAGCAACCUUAUUGACUCGGGUAAUGGUGAAAGUAAAAAGGGAGAAAAGACAAGACAACGAGCUGUGAGGCACAACUGGACCAAAGCUCAAGACGAUGCCUUGAUGAAAGCAAUCAGCUCUCAACAAUACAGCGAGAAUGGACAAAAGAUUCGUUGGACCAAGAUUUCUCAAGAGGUAUUCGGAAGCAAACUCACUCCACAAAGCGUUUAUCAGAGAUAUAUGAGAGUGAUUAAUCCAAAAUUGAAUCAUAGGGAGUGGACGAUUGCUGAAGAUAAGAGAUUAACAGAAUUAUAUCAUGAAAUGGGUGAUCAAUGGGCACAAAUCGCUAAAAAGAUGAAUGGAGUUCGUGCAGAUGUUUGGAUCAGACAAAGAGCUGUAAGACUUGGUCUUAUAUCUGAAGCUGCUGCUGCAGCAUCUGCAAGCGCCAGUACAUCUUCAAAACCAUCCAAGAAAAGAAAAGACGAUGAAGCUGAAGAUGAUGCUCUUGAAAUUGAGGGAGAGACUGAGGGUAAGAAAAAGAAAAGCAAAAAGAAGUCUUCAAAGAAAAAGAAGAAGAAAAAAGCCUCUCAUGACAGUGAUGAAGAAGAUUCAAAGAUUAACAAGGCGGAGGACUCUUCUUCUGAAAAAAGAUGUGGACGACGUAAGAAUCCAAAUCCACGAAGAGGAGAAGUGAGCAUUAUAUUCUCUCCUUUGUCAACUCAAGAGAUUGAGGUCAAACAAGAAGAUCAAGAAAAAAACACUGUGAUGACAACAUCCAAUCAUGUCGUAGUUGAAGGAAACCCAAGAUCAAAAGUCUUCUUGCAACGAAAGAUUCGAAAGAAACAUGCUCCAAAAUUCAAUAAUUUGGACGCUAUUUUGAAUCAUACCUACGAUGUGAUGCCACAAGAAAAGUAUAUUUCUGUAAGCAUCAGAUCAUCUGACAUUUUCCGCAAUUUCCAACCAAUUCCCGAUCAUCCCCUUAAAGUGGACUGUCUUCUAGGCCUUUAUUUUGGAACUAACGAAAAAAACGUUUGCCUAUCAUCCUAUAGGACCAUGGUUGCUGAGCCAGAGCAUAUCGUACAGUUGGAUGUAUCUUUUCCUACCAAUCUAGUUUCAUUCUUCUCCAAAUGCAAAUUGAGAAGAAAUACAAAGAGCUCACUAUUCUUAUGUGUAGCCCUAAGACAGGCAGCAUUGGUUCAUGCUAUAGAUGAUGAUCCUAAUGUUCAUACAAUACCUUUAUAUUGGGACAAACACAACUAUGGAGCAACAGUGUUUUCUUACCAUACAAUUGCAGGGUUUUUAUCAGGCCAAUAUCCUUUGCAUUUAAAAACAUCGACUGGUAUUAUGCUUCAAUCACCUUUAACCAUCAAUGUGAAAUUUUUAGAUAAGCCUGACAAAUUGAGUGACUAUCCACUAGAACUAUCCAAGGUUCACUAUAGAGAGCUUUCUAACCAUCUCAAUAUGUCCACAAACUCUCAAGGUAUCGAUACCAAUAUUGACCAUCAAGAAGAUAUUGUUCAGUUUAUGAUUUACAAGGCCAAUUAUAUCAACUCACAUACAAGAGGAGUUGAGAGACUUUGGCUACGUUGGGACAUGAACUGUCCUCUAGAAGAUGACUUUGAUUCUGGAAAUAUGAUGAUUAUGGCAAAUACAGAUGAAGACUCUUUUGCUCAACUAAAGAAACACCUCUCUGAAAAGCAUGGAGACAGAUUUGAAAUUCAGUUUGAAGGAAGAGAAGGAGAAACUGGUACUUAUGUUAUAAGUAUGAACCAAUAUAAGAAUUGGUAUAAUCAAGUUCAAUACAUGGAUAGAAAACGGUUAAUGCUGCUUGAUCCUUCCACCAUGGAUGCUUCUCAAUUAACUCCAGUUCAAAAACAAUUUAUGGAUAUUUGGAAUAAUUUCCUUCUCGACAACUACAAACUAUUAAUGUCGGAUGUGGAUUCAUUUGAGGCAUGUCGUGCACUCUACAUUUCAGAAAAAUCCAAAUUAGAUGCAGAUGAAAUGAAAGAAAUAUUGGCACACCAGUUCUUGAGAUUGACAAGCUUGAAUGUUAUCUCUCCUUCACAAUUCAUGAGUCUUUUAGAUGAAGCAAAGAUUCCAUUAACAGCGGCACUCCAACAACAAAUACAGCAAAUUCAACAUAUCCAACAGGUGCAACAAACCAUGCAUUACGCUCAAAUGCAAAUGGUGCAACAAAAUAUGCAUGUAGCCGCAGCUCUUGAGGGUCAGGAAGAAGAAGAGGAAGACGAUGAGGGCGAAGAGGAAGAAUAA